UUUGUUUAUUUGAACCUGCAGCCAGGUCAGAUUCAGAGCAAGGGAUACAUAGUUGGACUAGAUUCUCGAAGGUGUUUUUCGCACACUAAAAGGGCGUCACGGGUGUGCUCCACGUGUGGGCGUGGAGCUGAACUGGUCCCUAUAUUAUAAGGAGGAGAGGCAGCGUUGUGUAGCGGGCACCAGUGGAUCCAGCGAGAAGACAACCAGCUGUCAUCACCGGGUCGACAUUUUGACAAGGGGCUCCUGUCACUGCGUGUGUGUGCGGGGUGAGACGGAGCUGCCACUUCUUCAUCUUCACCCACAUCUACAUCUCCUGUCUGAGGACGUCGGGUGUGUGUAGCAUCUUUCACGCGCCUGCUAACGUUAGCCAACACGAGCCAGAGAGUCUUGGCCAGUCUAUGAACAUGUGGAGAAGUGGACACUGGUGAAGAGAUGGUAAAAUGAAAACAAAGACUUCUUUCACAGAGAGAGAGAUGGUUAUGCAUAGAGCCUGGUUGUGAAGAUGAAGGCGUGGGGUUAUUUUCUACCAUGCAUGGCAGGCUGAAACCUCCAGAGGGGCCAGACCAUUUGUGUGUGUGUGGGUUUGCUUGUCAUUAACACAAAACAGAUGUGCUUACACAUCUCAUCAUAUAUAUUAUUAGUUGCUGGCAAAGGGAGUUCAUUUGAUCCAUCUCAUUUUAUCUCUAAGCAUCUGCUCAAUUUGAAUGACGUAGAAUGUGUUUAUAGCACACUACCUAACUCCAUUCUAGGCUGUUUUUAACUUGUAUUAUCAUUUCUGGACAAGGGUUUAGCCUUAUAUUUUUAGUGGCUGUCAGUGUCCACAAAUCACAUGUAGUUUUGUACUGAAAAUAAUAAUAAUAAUAAAAAAAAAUAAUAAAAAAGACAUUUUAAAUGGGUCAUGUUUGUUUUGUGGGAUUGGGAUUGGGUCCUGCUGGCUUGUGUGUCCCUCUGUUCUUUAUUUAUUUGUGGUCUAAACCAUUAGAUGUCACAAUAUAAUGCCAGGGGAGCUUGGCUGUCUUAACCAUCUUCCAAAAAAUGCUUGAAACUAUGCAGGCAUGUUUUGUAAUUUUGCAAGACUUUGAAAAUGCAAUAAGACAGACCACCAAUUUGGUAAAGUAGGAACCUCGUAGUUCUUUCUCUGUCCUGCCUUUUCUUGAUUUCUUGCAUAGUCUUUAACGUUACAGUGGCACAGCUUGAGUCCCUUGUGCCUGAAAAUAUUUAGGAGGAGGCGAAGAGUCAUUGGCAGGCUAAUGCCAUGGACUUUAAGUGGAAAAAUCUUGCAAAACAUUUGUUGGGCAAUGCUUUUUGUUUGUUUUUAUAUGCAGAAUAAGCCAUUCUGCAAGGGCUUAAAAUGUUGAGAUGCACUUGAAUAUUGUUCUAAUGAAUUGUGUAGCCAAACAAUUGUUAGGAUUAUAUCUGUCACAUGUUGGUGCUUUACAAGUAAAAUGAAAAAGCCAUUGAAGAAUCAGAACUGUUGCUUGUUAUUAGGUCAGAGGCAUGAAGUGUUGAAUCAUUAAUCUGUGCUCACUACGUCAGCCUUCUGGGAGCUUAAACUACAAAUCAUAUGAAGGAAAAACAACAACAUAUGAUUGGUCAUGGGUAUUGAUAUUGGCGGUAAGAAGCAAGUGAUUAUCAGUAUUAGUUAAAAAAAAACAACCCAUUGUGCAUCCCUAGUUUUCAAACAGACUGUAAUGCUUCCAACUCUGAAGCAUAUUUUUUCGUUGUUUUCCUUUUAAAUCAAGGCUCUAAUGAGGUGUUUUCUUUGUCUUUGCUGUCUUGCAGGAAUGUUAAGUCUAGAAUUUUCUAGACCAGAGGCCUACAACAUCCUCCUCUAAAUCUAGAACAACCUCAGUGCCGGUGGAUAACCCCCAUCCGAGGCACAUCUAGUGAAUUUGAUCUGACGGUGGAUACUACAGCUUCCAUCCAGACAGCAAACCAAAGCAGAGCAUUUCCAUUGCUCCAUUUUUAUUAAUAAAACCCUUAACUUUUACUAUUAAUUUUCCUUUUUUGGAAGGAUUCCUUAAGCUGUGAGCUUUACUUUCAAGGCCUUUUUUUUUUUUUUGUAAAGUAUAAAAAUGCGUCCUUCAAUGGAAGCAGCGGACAUAGCUGUGGUAGCACUGUAUUUUGUCCUGGUGCUCGCCAUCGGGUUUUUUGCCAUGUGGAAAGCGAACCGCAACACUGUGAGUGGCUACUUCCUGGCUGGACGCUCCAUGACGUGGAUUGUGAUAGGUGCCUCACUCUUUGUGAGUAACAUUGGCAGUGAACAUUUCAUCGGCCUGGCUGGAUCAGGAGCAGCGAGUGGCUAUGCUGUUGGAGCAUGGGAAUUCAAUGCGGUUCUUCUUCUGCAGCUGCUUGGCUGGGUGUUUAUCCCUGUGUAUAUCCAUUCAGGAGUCUACACCAUGCCAGAGUACCUGUCCAAACGCUAUGGUGGCAACAGGCUAAAGGUUUACUUUGCUUUCUUGUCUAUUUUACUUUACAUUUUUACCAAGCUGUCUGUGGACCUGUAUGCUGGAGCCCUGUUUAUUCAAGAGUCCUUGGGGUGGAACCUUUAUCUAUCCAUUGUCCUGCUUAUCAGUAUGACUGCCUUGCUCACUGUCACUGGUGGACUAGUGGCAGUUCUAUAUACGGAUGCCCUUCAGGCAGUGUUGAUGAUUGGUGGUGCCCUAACCUUAACCAUUAUGAGCCUUAUCAAAGUUGGUGGCCUAGAGGGUGUCAGGACAAAGUACAUGCAGGCAGUUCCCAAUGUUUCUGCUAUAAUUGCCACUGGAAAUUUCACAUACUCUCCUUCCUGUCGCAUUGACCCCAAACCAAACUCACUGCACAUCCUUCGGGGCCCUCUGGACGAAGACAUCCCAUGGCCAGGUUUCAUUCUUGGUCAGACUCCUGCAUCUAUUUGGUACUGGUGUGCAGACCAGGUCAUUGUCCAGAGAGUAUUAGCAGCGAAGAACAUUGCUCAUGCAAAGUGCUCAACACUUAUGGCUGGAUUUCUCAAAGUCCUUCCCAUGUUCCUCAUAGUCAUUCCAGGAAUGAUAUCCCGUAUCUUGUUCGCAGAUGAGAUCGCCUGCAUUGGGCCAGAACACUGCAUGGCUGUGUGUGGUUCUCAGGCCGGCUGCUCAAACAUUGCUUACCCUCGCCUGGUCCUGGCCGUAAUGCCUGUGGGACUCCGAGGUCUGAUGAUGGCGGUCAUGAUUGCCGCCCUGAUGAGUGACCUUGACUCGAUCUUCAACAGUGCCAGCACCAUCUUCACCCUGGACAUCUACCAAACCAUUCGAAGGAAGGCAUCACAGCGUGAGCUGGUGGUUGUAGGCCGCAUGUUUGUUGUGGUCAUGGUGGCCAUCAGUAUUGCUUGGGUCCCUGUCAUUAUUGAAAUGCAAGGCGGACAGACGUAUCUGUACAUCCAGGAAGUUGCUGGCUACCUCACUCCACCAAUAGCUGCCCUCUUCCUGCUUGGGGUCUUCUGGAGACGGUGUAACGAGACAGGUGCAUUCUGGGGAGGCAUGACAGGUUUCGUACUAGGUACCAUACGACUGAUCUUGGCUUUUAUCUAUCGCCAGCCUCGCUGUGACCAGCCAGAUGACAGGCCUGCUUUCAUCAUCCAUAUUCACUACAUGUAUUUUGCUGCUGGUCUGUUCUGGAUGUCAGGGCUGGUGGCUGUCGUGGUCAGCCUCUGCACCGCUUCACCAGAUAAGGAGCGGGUCCGCACCACCACAUUCUGGGGUCUCAACAGCAUUCAAAGGGUUCCCACAAAGGACCGAGAGGAGAUGUACAGGCUAAAUGAUGAGAGCCACUGUAAUGGUGACGGAAAGCUUCUUAAAGAAAUGCCUCCAGAUGUCAGAAAGGAGAGGUGUUUGGAUGGAGCGGAUGUCAAACUCCUGGUCCCAUCCACUGACCAUGACCCGGCAACCCCGAGCACAGAAGCCUCACCUGCUACCACUCCUGCAGAACAAUUCAGCAAUGGAAGGAUGGAGAUGAGAGCAGAGGAAGGCUGCCAAGGGACUGUGGAGAGUAGCAGGUGCACGCGUUUACUGGACUGGUUAUGUUCAUACAAGGAGGGAGCACAGAAUGCUGAGCAAAAAACGUUGCAGGACAAUGUGGAGAUCAUUGCAGAGAUGCUGCAUGAGCCUCCGAGGGUUAAACUUUUCCUCAACGUGGGUCUGUUAUGCGUCUGCUCCGUGGGCAUCUUCAUGUUUGUUUAUUUUUCACUGUAGCUGAACCCUUCACUGAACUAAUCGAGGGGGGCAGUGCAGGGGCUUUGAUAAAGUUGGAGGAGGGGGGGCUGUUAAGAAACAAACGCAAUAGAUUUUGAGAGAUUUGAGAAGCUCUGUCUGUAAUAUUUACAGUGGUCUUUUGUAGCUCUUUAACAGGGAUCUGAGUGCUUAUUCUAAUCAUUCUUUUUUUAAAAAGAAAAGAUUUAAGCUUCUCCACAUGAAAACUUUAUUCCUGUAUGACUACAAAUCUUAUUUGGCACCGGUGUGUCCAUUUUGUACAGUGCUUGGUGUUAGUCCUUCUGAAUAUCUACUUGGACUUUUUAGAAUUGUAGUUCACAAAGUGAAUUUAAUAUUUGCCUUAUUUCAUAUAUAUGCACUUGUCUUUUUGUAUGGUGAAAAACAUUUACUGUGUUGUUGUUGUUUUUCUGUUUUUUUUAACUUUUGUUGACAGUGUGUUUUGGUUUAGUUGGUGAUUUAGCACACCUAGUAAUAAAUAAAUUACAUUAUAGGCCAUGUGAGUUUUGGAAACUAUGAUGGUAGUAUUCCACCAAUGUUAAGUCGUGGCAGGGUCAGCAAAUACCUGAAAAAUGAGGCCAUCUUAAUGGCAUUAUAAAACAAUAUUUAAUCGUUAUUUCAGCCGUUAUUUUCACUGGUUUGAUUUAGUCUUUAGUACUAAGAUACUUUGAAUCUUUUGUUUAUAGUAUGUACAAAUAUCAUGGCACAUAUAAUGGAGAGAGGAAACACAAGAGCAGAAAUAGCUGGCUGUUUUUAUGUUUAACUUUUUUAACGUUUUCCAUAAGAACCAAAAUUAAUAUUGUAAGGUACUUUUAUAAUAAUUGCUGCUGUUUGUGUGUCUGUUUUUUUUGUUUCCCCCAUUAAUAACCAGUCACGUGGGGUGAUAUGAUUUGGACAUUUGGUGAUUUGUAUUGGUUUAUGUUUGAAUUUUCUACUACUGUAUUAUGAGCUGCGUUCUGUUACAUUUUGACACCAUACAGCUUUUUUAUUUACUGCUAUUCCAUCGUAACAAGAAAAAGCUACAAGUACCAAUGUUUAUGGUUCUUUAUCAAUUUACAUUUCAUGUAUAAUCCAAUGUUAUUCACACUGUUCACUGUGUUGAGGCUGCUCGCCUCCACUGUGUUAGCGUUGUGUACAAUGUAAUACAGGGCUCAUUGAACCUCAGACAGUAGACAUUUAUACUUAAGUAAGCUAUCUGUGUAUAUUGUGUUUCAAUUUCUAUUUGGUGCACUGCAGUGCUGAAAUGUCAUUUGAUUUUGUUUAAAUUGCAUAUUUUAUAAACACCCUACCAAAUGUGUCUUAGCGUGCAAAUGCUAAAGUGAAAAAAAAAAAAAAGUGUUAAGUUUUACAUCCUGAAAUUCUUUGUCUUUAAAGCCAUGCUAUGAAGCAGCGUUGUCAUAGAGUAGUAGUACAGUUUCAGUUGGCUGUAUAUCAGUAUAUCAGUAUAUCAGUGAAGAUGCAAAGCAGAAAUGGCAUUUCAGACGUUCAGUUUACUCCCGACACUUUUAAGGGUAAUUAAACUAGGUAAAUAAAACGACUGGCCUUUUGAUUGUGCUAAUUAUUUCCACCAGCCUCACCCACAAUUACAAUAAAUAAAUAAAAAAGGAGGGAUCAAAAGAAAAGCAAAACAUGUUUGCAUGUUUUCCUUUUUGGAACUCACAAGCAGUGUUGAAUGACCUCAGUCCAAAAUGUCGGUGUCAUAAUUCGACAGGCAUAAAUGAUGCAUAACGUCGGAUAAACGAGGAUUGCUGUAUGUGUACGAGCUUUAAAAUAAAACCUUCUUUCUGAGAGAAUA